GUAAACUAGUCAAACUCCAAAGCGGCUUUUUGCCCAGUGUUAUUUUGUGUUUUGGUGUAUAUUAAUUAGACUACAACAGUUUCUCAUGUAAAAUUCUCGCUAUAGUUAAAUGAAGAUGAAUGCUACAAGUUUAUACACAUCAACUUCAAGAUUAAUACUGUUAGCUGACCCAUCGGAUAAAAGUUCUUGGUCUGAUUUAUAUCGUCUUGUUCCUUAUUUAAGACAAUCAUUAUCAUGUACUGUUUGCGGAAAUUUACUAAAAGAGCCUUUUACUCCUGAAAGUUCUAAUUGCCAGCACCAUGUGUGUAAAAAUUGCAUAGGUGGAAGAAAGAAAUUAAAGCCCUCUUGUGGUGAGUGUAAGGAUUAUGAGGAUUAUACCGAAAACAGUCUGUUAAGGACUCUUCUUCAAUGUUACAAAAAACUUUGUGAGUAUUUUAUGGAUACAGAAACAUACAGAGUUUUAGUAGAAGAAGAUGCUUCAGUAGUUGGGCAAAAUGGUGGUGUUGUUGCUAGUUCAGGUUUGAUAGAUUUGAUAAGGGAGGGAGCCCGUUUUGAUGAUGAUUAUAAGUGUAAUGCUGGCCUAUCAAAAUCAGCAUAUAGUAUUUUGCCAUGUGUCUAUAACUCUUCAUCAACUCAAACCCAGGCUGCUUCAUCAUCAACUAGUAUAGAAACAAGGUCAUCUAAUAAAUGCACCACCAAUAACAGAGAUAUAUCCAAUGGAUCUCCUUUAUAUUCAGUUAUGUAUGCAGGAUCUGGCAACAAAAUAACAAUUAAAAGAAAAAAUGCUGAUGACACAGAAGUAACACAAAGUGAGAAUAGCUUACUAGAUGGCAAAGUGAAUCAACUUCCCUUUAAGAAGCCUUCAAACCGAUCACGCAACCCUGGUAGUAAAAGAAAAGGUUGCCGUUGUGGUAAUGCAACAGCAACUCCUGGUAAACUUACUUGCUGUGGUCAGCGUUGUCCCUGUUAUGUUGAGAGUAAGCCUUGUACCGAAUGUAAAUGUAAAGGUUGCAGAAAUCCACAUAGGGCAGAUGGAUUGAAGGUUCGUCCACACUUACCACAUAUAGAUACCCUACAAUUAUCACUUAAUAUAAAUCCAAGUAGUUCACCAUCAUGUUCAGGAUCUAUGGACAGUCUCGAUACUGAUUCACUUACAAUGGAGGCCAUGGAAGAAUCUCUUGGGUUCAGUACAGAUUAUAAGUCACCGAGUCUCAAAGUAUACACAAGCCAAAUACAAGAAGUGUCGGCAUCCUUACCAGCUACAAUAUUAAUGGAUGAAGAGCUCCCAGCCUCUCCUGACAAUUUAAGCUCUCCAUGUGAAUAUGGUCAGUAUUCUCCGAGAGGAACAAAUGAUACUGAGCCAUCACCUCAAUCCACAGGCACACAGGAUAUAAUGAGUGACCCGGAAUUAGAUGCAUGACAGUCAAUUUCUGUUACAAAUGACUAGAAAACCUUUUUUUGUGAGGAUAUCAGACAUACUGCGCUAAUAAAUGCAAAAUAGGAUGUACAGUUCUCAGUGACAAAGUGGUAAAGAUCUAUUAUAAAAAUAAAUAUUUUAUGUGACCUACUCUCAUCAAACUGUCAAACUUUCAUUAUUAACAUACAGAAUUAACUUUAAUGACAAAACAUAAUAACACACAAUUGUUUUUACUUUACUUACUCAAUUGUCUGUACCAGUAAAUAACAGUAAAAUCUCCUUGAAUCCUACAAAAUAAUAUUCAAUAUUAAUUUGUUGGAGAAACAAUUAAAUAUAGAUAUUCUAACUCCAAAUUACUGCAUUAUUAUCAAUGUAAUAAUUUAUUGUAUAUAAGAGUAAGUAUAGGAAAGCGUUUCUAAAAACAAAGUGAAUGGUCUCAUUAUAUGUUUAAUAAUUUUAACUGUAACUGGAGUUAUUGUAAAUUCAAUAUUUUUAUAUGCACAUAUAGUUAAAAAAUUGGAAUGUAUGUAUUUUGUAUAUAUUGUAUAAUAAUUAUUUGUUUUAUUAAGUGUGACUCAUACUUGCAAAUACUAUAAUAGUAUUAUCCAUACUAGCAAUUUUAUAGACGAAACAAAGAUGAAAGUAUGCACUAAUUUAUGACAUUCUAAAAUAAGUCUCAGUCAUCUUAAUCCCUAAAAUUUGUUGAAGCAGUAUUUAAAUUGUGACAUUUAACAACACACAUUGUGAUAAGAUAGUAAAACUAGUUAAUAGUUUUUAUAUUUUUAAUUAUCUAAAUAAUAAAAUUAAACUUUGUACAGUUCCAUUUUAGCGAUUAUGGUGUAAGGAGUGUUUUAUUUGUUGUAAGCAUAUGUUUUAUAAAUAUGAUUUAUUAUUUUAGAAGUUGGCAUAUAAAACAAUUCUCUUUAUAAAAACUCGAGUACAAAUAAUGAGGGAAUUGCCUUAAAAUUAUA